AUGCCACUGGUGAAAGAAGAGGAUGAUGGGAAAGAGGUUGUCAGAGUGGAAGAGGUAGAAGCUUUCAGAAUCAUAAAGGAGGAAGAUGAGAAUGUAUUGAAAGAAGAGGAUGAGGAGGCUAUCUCAAUUAAAGAGGAAGACGUCUUGGGAGUGAAAAAGGAGGAGGAGGAGACUGAAGAACUGAUUACCACCAGUGGAACUGUGAGAGGAGGAGAAGAGAAGAAAGGAUCAGAUUUGACACAUCAAAGAGGAAAACCAAACUUGGAGGAACCAGAGACGUCCAAACCAGCAAGACGACACCUCUGCUCCCAGAUUGGAAAGAGUUUUGCCAAGUUAGGAAGCCUGAAAAGACAUGAGAAGAGUCACACAGGGGAAAAGCCUUACCACUGCUCCCAGUGUGGAAAGUGUUUUAGACAGCAAGGAAGCCUGAAAGCUCAUGGCCGAAUACACACAGGGGAGAAACCUUACCACUGCUCCCAUUGUGGAAAGGGUUUUAGACAGCAAGGAAGCCUGAAAGUUCAUGGCCGAAUACACACAGGGGAGAAGCCUUACCACUGCUCCCAUUGUGGAAAGAGUUUUAACAGGUUAGGAGGCCUAAUAACUCAUGAGCGAAUACACACAGGGGAGAAGCCAUACCGUUGUGCCCAGUGUGGAAAGAGUUUUGGCUCGUUAGGAAACCUGCAAUCUCAUGCACGAUUACACACAGGGGAGAAGCCAUACCAUUGCACCCAUUGUGGAAAGAGUUUUCGCAUGUUAGGAAACCUGCAGUCUCAUCUGCGAAUACACACUGGGGAGAAGCCAUACCAUUGCGCCCAGUGUGGAAAGAGUUUUAGCAUGUUAGGAAACAUGAAAGCUCAUGAGCAAAUACACACAGGGGAUAAGCCUUACCACUGCUCUCAGUGUGGAUCUAGGUUUACCAGGUUAGGAAGCCUGAAAAGACAUGUGGACACACACCAAAGUCUUUCCAUUGCGCCCUGUGUGGAAUGAGUUUUAACCAUUUAGGGAGCCUGAAAAGACAUGAGAGAAUACACACAGGGGAGAAGCCUUUCCAUUGCGCCCUGUGUGGAAUAUGUUUUAACCAUUUAGGGGGCCUGAAAAGACAUGAGAGAAUACACACAGGGGAGAAGCCUUUCCUUUGCGCCUGGUGUGGAAUGAGUUUUAGCUUGAUAGGAAACAUGAAAUAUCAUGAUCUAAAUACACCCAUGGGAGAAGCCUUACAAAUGUCACUUAUAAGGCACGUGAGGAUCCACACAGAGAAAAAUAACUUAUCCUACUGUGUAAACUGAUAUUUCACAUCACAUUGACUUAAAAUUCAUCAGAGAACAUACACAGUGCUCCCAUUGUCUUAUUUUAUUGACUGUGUUUAAUUGUUUAUGAAAUUGAAUUGUACAAAGUAUACUCAAACAUAUAUUUGUAUGUUUUUAUUAGAAAAUAAAACUGAAUAUGGAGUCUGUCAGUUUGAAUACAGAGUAGAUCAGAUUCCAUGUGUUUAAAUGGUCCUUUUUUAAAGUCUGACAUUGUGUGUUUAUCUGAGUGUGUCAUUCCUCCAGCACCAUUGAUAAUCAGAAUAAGACCUUCAAAUAUGUCACCAUAACAACAGGCAUUUUACAAGCCUCCGACUGGUUGAAUAAACGUUGUUACCCGAA